GUAAACAAAAAACCCGGUUUCGAUGAUUUUUGCGAAAAAAAUUAAAUUUUUCCAUUAAAAACUGCUUUUAAAAAUGCCUCCUGCGCCAGAAAUAGCCCCUGAGGCUCAAAAAAUCAUCAUAAUCCAUCCCGGCUCACUUUAUUUGCGUAUCGGACGUGCUUCCGACCUCAAUCCCUACAGAAUUCUCCAUGUAAUUGCUCGAAGACGAAAGCCCGGCGGGAAAUUCCAUCGUGACACCCUUCUCCCGAUGCAAGUUGAGAAAUCCAAAGAAGUUAUGGCUGAAAUGGAAGAAUAUCGUCUCCAAGUUUCGCACACACUUCAAGCUUGUCUCCAGUCGGAUGGCAAAAAGCGAUAUGCAACGCCGCCGCAACAAAUUUCCGCUUUCAAUCGACGAUCGCAUCCGGUUCAGGUGCAGGAGCCACGAUUUAAUUUUCUGCAAACGACAGCGGAUUUCAUCGUGGGAGACGAUGUGCUGUCGUUAGACCCGAAAGACGCGUGGAAUAUUCAUUUUCCGUGGAGACGAGGCGAUUUGAAUUUGCAUUCGAAUGUCGGGGGAAGUUUAACUGCGGUGAUAAGUGACUUGCAACAAAUUUGGUUGAGUGUGCUGCAGUGCAUAAUGGGCAUUACGGCGAAAGAAUUGCCGAGUUACAAGGCAGUUUUGGUCGUUCCUGAUGUUUAUAACAGGCAACAUUUGAAGGAAUUGACGAAUUUGUUGCUCAAUAAGAUGAAUUUCGGGUCGUGUUUCUUGAUUCAGGAUCAUGUGGCGGGAACUUUUGGCGCAGGACUUGCUUAUGCAUGUGUCGUGGAUGUCGGAGACCAAAAAACCAGCAUCUCGUGUGUUGAUGACGGAAUUUCGCAGGAACCCACAAGAGUUCGUUUGCCCUUCGGUGGAAGUGACAUCACUCAAUGCUAUUAUUGGCUCCUCAAAAAGUGUGGAUUUCCCUUUAAAGAGUGUAAUGAUACCGUACAACGUGAUGCCAUGUUACUUCAUAGCCUGAAAGAGUCAAAUUGUCACUUGGAUCUCAAUUUGUGUGGAUCAACAGAGAAAUAUUUUAAAAUUUACCCACCAAAUCAGCUGCCGUUGCAGUACACGAUACAAUGUGGCGAUGAAUGUCUCGUUGCUCCGCUGAGUUUAUUCCAUCCAGAGCUGCUUGGGGUAACGGGACGAAAAAAGGCAUUGGCAAAAAUUCAAAGACCGAGUGCGACUUGUCCGGAUCCGGAAGAUCCCUUUGAUGGCGAGUAUUUGAGAGAGACUGGGCGUCGCGGAGCAAAAGAGCAAAUCGAACAAAGCAUGACAGAUGCUUCCGGUAUAAAACCUGACGAUGCAAAUGACGAAGAAAUGGUUGUCGAAACGGAAUUUGAGCGCGAAAACAAGUCAAAAGAAUUUAUUUUGCCGCCGGGACAGAUGAUCGGUCUCGACACCGCUAUCCUUCAAAGUAUUGAACGUUGCCCCAAUGAUGAAAUGAAACGCAAAAUGUACUCUUGUAUCCUCAUAAUCGGAAGCGGCAUGAAAUUCGUGGGUAUCGACAAGUGGCUACAAAAUCGCAUCGCACUGCAAACCCCUUAUGCAUUCCGUUCCUCAACUCUGGACGUCGUCACAAGUCCUAAAGACAUGGAUUCCGCGAAUACCGCAUGGAAAGGCGGUGCAAUCAUCUCAUGCCUCGAUAGUGCACCCGAAUUAUGGAUUAACGCAAGCGAAUGGCAAAAACAUGGCCCUAAAAUAUUACGAGAAAAAGCGAUGUUUAUGUGGUAAUAAUAAAUUUAU